GUCCCAAACUCCCUUCACAUGGCAGUUCCUACAAUCGCUCAGAUGAGAGUGGGAAGAACUGACUGCUGGGGGUGCUGUACCGUGGGCUGGGGGUCCCUGGCAGCCCUCCCAGGAAGUGACCACUGGGCCCAGGUGGGCACAGAAGUGCCUGUGGAGUCAGGGCCUGUCCAGCCAGGGGGCCAGCGGGCCCAGCUUAGGUGCCCCCUCAGCUCCUUGCAUUGCAGGCAGGCAUGCCCCGGACACCGCGUGCCUCGGACACGGUCAUCCCCGGCAGCCCCAGCCCACCCCGCACUGAGCCCAGGGACCAUGAGCAGGCCGAGCAGCCUGUCCUGGGCGGAGCUCCUUCCUCAGCCUCCCUGGACACCCUGAUCCAGCAGCUGGUGCCCACGGCCAACUACUACCCUGAGAAAACCUACAUCUUCACCUUCCUGCUGAGCUCCCGCCUCUUCAUCGAGCCCCGGGAGCUGCUGGCCCGGGUCUGCCAGCUGUGCAUCGAGCAGCAGCAGCUGGACGAGCCAGGGCUGGACAAGGCCCGGGUCCGGAAGUUUGGCCCCAAACUGCUCCAGCUGCUGGCCGAGUGGACGGAGACCUUCCCGCGGGACUUCCAGGAGGAGGCAACCAUCGGGCUCCUGAAGGACGUGGUGGGCCGCCUCGCUCGCUCGCUGCGACGAGGUGGACUUUGGGCUGAUGCCCCCCGGCCCUGGCAUGGGCAGGGGCUCAUCUCAGAAGGGAGCAGGCCCCUGUGGCCACUUCGCACAGAGGCACUUCCAUCACCUGUCGCCAGAGCUCCGGCACCACCAAUGCGGGACCUCAGUGGCCCUCCUGAGCCUCAGAGCCUGGAGCUGUCCAGGCCCCCGGCACGUGUGGCCCGGCACAGAGGAGGGGGUGCCGGGCCUGACCCUCCCCACCCACAGGCAUGCAGAGCGAGGCUGCACCAGGUCCUGCAGGCUCUGCACCAGAAGCUGGCAGCCCCGGGCCCCGGCCGGAAAGCCAUCUCCUGCAGGACCCAGCCACGGGCCUCCAUCCGCAGGGAGCUCCUCGGCGUCUGCAGCGACCCCUACAGGCUGGCCCAGCAGCUGACCCUCGUGGAGCUGGCUCGGCUGCGACACAUCGGGCCCGAGGAGUUUGUCCAGGCUUUUGUGAACAAGGACCCUCUGGCCAGCACCAAGCCCUGUUUCGGUGGUAAGACCAGGAACCUGGAGGCUUACGUGAAAUGGUUCAACAGGUUGUGCUACCUCGUGGCCACUGAGGUCUGCAUGCUGUCCAAGAAGAAGCGGAGGGCCCAGGUGAUCGAGUUCUUCAUCGACGUGGCCUGCGAGUGCUUCAACAUUGGCAACUUCAACUCCCUCAUGGCCAUCGUCUCUGGCAUGAACAUGAGCCCCGUGUCCAGGCUGAAGAAGACCUGGGCCAAAGUGAAGACAGCCAAGCUUUUCAUCCUGGAGCACCAGAUGGAUCCAACCGGGAAUUUCUGCAACUACAGGACAGCCCUGCGAGGGGCCGCCCACCGCUCCCUGACCGCCCACAGCAGCCAGGAGAAGAUCGUCAUUCCCUUCUUCAGCCUGCUCGUCAAAGACAUCUACUUCCUCAACGAGGGCUGUGCCAACCGCCUCCCCAACGGACACGUCAACUUUGAGAAAUUUCUGGAGCUGGCCAAGCAGGUUGGAGAGUUCAUCACAUGGAAACAAGUGGAGUGUCCCUUCGAGCAAGAACCCAGCAUCACCCACUACCUGUGCACUGCCCUCUUCAGUGAGGACGGUCUUUAUUUGGCUUCCUAUGAAAAUGAGAGCCCAGAGAACCACACAGAGAAAGAGAGAUGGAAAUCUCUAAGGUCUUCUAUUUUGGGGAAGACGUGAGGCUCGGGGAGCUGGAGAAGGAGGAGGAGGAGAGACUGCAGACGCCCUCUGCAGCCCUGCCCAGGCUGGCCCGGGGCCAGGGGAGGCCUGGCUGCCUCACCGCUUUGCACACGGUGACCCCAUGGUCUGGUA